CAGGGACAGUAAGGAGGGAAAGGACGGCGCUUCUGCUUCUGGGUCUGGGAUCGCAAGAUGGACGCAGGUGCCUAUGGGGCAAGACGGGAGACCGGCAUGGGGAAGAGGCUACAGCACUCCUCGGGUAUCGCAAACCGGGCGAAGAAGCCUGGAUUCCACCGAGCCAGAGGCCGUUGCAGGGGAGCUAUACACACAAAAGCGGGCCAGUGCGAGUCUUGGCACGCUCGCUCUCCCCCACCCUGAGCCUGCCGCGCUCAAGAGUGCACUGAAGAAGCCCUACAAGCCCUCCCCUGGUGCUUACGCUCGACACAGCGCUGCCUUCCCCGGCUCGGCAUCCGCAGACGCGUCAAAGUCUUCUGCGAUCGAUAGCGAUAGCGAUACCUCGGAUGACGUGCCCCUCGGAGUGCGCCAACGGUCGCUCUCUUCUGCUGUGCUUGCGCCUGCGCCUUCUCAUGCGCCAGGGGUACUCGCCCGCCUCAGCAAGCAAGAUGAUGACACUUCACCGCUCACCCCUCCCCGAGCGCCGGCUUUAGCCAACUCUCCUACUCCUAGCGGACGCUCCUCACCCGCUAGCUCCGUACCGAGCAGCCCUGGCCGCGCAAGAGCAGGCGCAUUCCGUCGCAGCUCAGCGAGUCCCCUCCCCCCUCCCUCGCUUCCUUCCCCCACAUCUUCAACCCGCAGCCAGAGUAAGAGCCCACAGCACGUAGCGCGGAAACCGCUGCUCGACCUCAGUGGGUCUGCGCCUGACCUUAUCCCCGGCGGAAGGAAGCCGCUCGUCGAUUUGAGGCGGGAUCUGGUACCCGAGAGUGCCGUACGUGCACCGGGGGAAGAAGAGGACGCAAGUCGGGAGAUCCGGUCUCAAAUUUCUCCCCGGCCGAUGGCAGUGCCUCUCCCAAUCCCACGCCGGCCCCCUGUUGCGCUUGGGCAUGCCCGUUCCGGGUCGAACAUGUCCGUCGCGAGCCAGCGUUCUGUCAGCCAAGGCACGGACCGUACGCAGCACCCACCUAGCGCGUACUCACCCCUCCCCCCGCCCUUCCCCCCUCCUUGGAGCGACAGUCCUGGCAGCUCAGCAGGUGGGAGCGUCGUCAGUGCUAAGAGCUCCGGAUCUGGAAGUGGAAGCAGGCCCGGCCCACUUACUCCCCGCGAUGGGAGCGAUACCGUUCCUUCGUCUAUUACUGCCGUUGGGGUUGAUACUCCCCCUGCGGUCAAGAGCGUCGCGUUCGCUGGGGUGGUAGAAGAAGAGAACCGCCGUCGGGAUCGGAGGAAGAGCGAGGCCCGCGCAGCGAUCGAACUCGGAAACAUUGUCAAUGGUCCUGGGCCAAAGUUCACACCGGAGGAUAUGGAUGUGCAGCCCCAGGCUACCCCGGAGCACAAGAUCGCUCCGCUUUUCCCUAACCCGCCUAGCUCGUGGAUCCAGCCCAUGAACGCGCCGUACACUCCGACGUUCGGCAACCCGAUGAUGGGCAAUCCGUACUUCCAGAUGGGCGCGCCUCCGAACCCUUAUUUCUCACCUUUCCUUCCACCAGGCGCAGCACCCGCAAUGGCCAUGCCCCCCAUGCCACCUAUGGUAGCCUCCAACCCGACCCUCGCGGCCGCACAUCAUCAAGCCAUGCUCGCUGCUCGUCAGACUUUCCAGCUUACAAUGGCCCAGCAGGCGAUGGCGGCUGCGGGUGAAGCGUGGGACCUCAACUUGAGCGUGGCGAGUGGGAGCAUCCUCGGCACGCCGAGCGGGAGUGUUUAUGGUGGUGGACCAGACCUGGCACAGAUGCAGCAGCUCCAGAACGCCCAAGCCCAGAGAGCUGAGCGCGACAGGAGAGAGAGCAUGAUGAGCGGCUUGAGUGGGUAUAUGCCGAUCCAACAACCCCCGCUGCCCCAGCCCCAAACCCAGCAGACACAGAACCGAAUGAGCCGCGCCGGCGGCCCUACCCAAGCAUCGUCUGGACCUCGCACUCGUUUUGCCAACUAAUUCCUCAUCGCAUCGGUUGAUGAAAAACGCCACGAGAAUCAAGCUCUCGGAUAACCCCUUUCAGCAAUAUUCCUUUGUACAUUCUUUCGUUUCUCCAUGUUGCACCUUUUCAAGGACUUUCACAUUCACGCAGCUGCGAUUCUGCCCACUUUAUUUUGCGUUUUUCGGACAUCCCAUGUGCCCAUAUUGUAAUCGCUCUUUCUCCAUCCCGUUCCCAAAAAACUCCACUGCGAUCCACAUCUGCCCUGUCCUCAACCCCGCUGUAAUAACCUCUCUUGACAUGGACUGCCUACGCAAUGUAUCGGACUA